UCCACAUAAAUUAACUCCAACAAAACUCAACAAAGGGAGAAAAAAAAUGGCUACUCCUUCCAUUUACUCCCAUUCAUCUAUUGUCAUUCAAGAAUUCUUGAAGAAUUUCCACUCAAGAAGAUUGUUACUCCAUGCUCCUCUUUAUAGUUCACCACCAUUAUCAACUGUAGCAGCAGUUUCCCCGUCCAUUAUGGAACCCAGGGACAACUCAUUCGAUGCAAAUGUUGUAAUGAUCUUAUCAGUCCUCUUGUGUGCUCUAAUAUUUUCACUUGGAUUUAAUUUCCUCAUAAAAUGUGCACUAAGGUGCUUGAAUUCAGUAUCCUCUGAUGAUUCCCCGUCUGCUCGUCUAGCCAACACAGGAAUAAAGAAAAAGACCCUCAAAACAUUCCCUAUAAUAAGUUACACCGGUGAUCUUAACCUUCCAGGUCUGAACACUGAGUGUGCAAUAUGUCUCUCAGAUUUUGCUACAGGAGAACGCGUUCGUGUCCUGCCUAAGUGCAACCAUGGAUUCCAUGUCCGGUGUAUUGACAAAUGGCUGAAUUCACACUCCUCUUGCCCUACUUGUAGGCAUUGUCUAAUUGAAACUUGCCAAAAAUUAGUAAAAUGCAACCAGGUCAGUCCAUCGGCACCAGUAAUCCCACCACCCCAAGAAGUUCUUGUAUGUAUUGCACCUUUGCAACAAGAAGGUUUGGUACGAAAUCAUCAAAGUUAGGUAUAUUUAGCAGAUUCUAUCGGAUAAGAUGGGAUUACGAUGUUAAGUUUUUCUUCUUUUUGUUUGCUUAUAUCUAAGACAAGUAGGGUAGUAUCGUAAUAGGAUGAAAGUGGCAACAUUUUGCACUGAGUUUGGACUGAGGCAAUUCAGUUUAGGGCCUUUAGAAAUUAGUGUUGCAAUUGUAUAUAAAAUUGUUUUUUGUUCCUAAA